GGGCCCGUCUCGCUCAAAGCGGCGGUUGCUUCUAUCAUGGCCGAUACUUUCUUCUGUGCCACGUCCCGGGAGCUGGACAAGGUUACCCUGGAGAUCCGCCGGAUUGUCUCUGCAGCCAAAAGUUGGCCUGAGCAUCUUUGGCUCGUGUACAUCGGCCGCAAGACGUACUCUUUAGACGCCGUGUGCGCCCUGCUGGAAGGCCCUCACAGACUCAAGUACGAUCGUGGCUACACCAUCGACCCAGACGCCUUGGACCACCUGCUCGACAACACUAGCCUCGGUGACGGCAUCCUCCACGGUGAGAGCAAGAUCGAGCUCCGCAUGCGCAUCAUCGCCGUCCGGGACCUCCUGCACUCUCUGCCGCGAGGGUUCCUCGACGGGGCUCCCGACGACCUGGCACAGACUGCGCGCGUACUCCUGAAGACCUCCGAGAAGAAGCCCGGCACCCCCGUCACAUUCAGUAUGACGGAGACCGCGGCCCGCCAGUGGCCAAGCAUGACUACGACCGACCGUCUCUGGCAUUUUUUCAUGUCCAUCGGCGGGACGAGCCACUUCCACGCCUGGCAGAUGUGUCUCGACUGUCCUGACGUGAUUUGCGACGCCUCUCAGAUGCGAGCCGUGGGUCCCAGUUGCUACUCCUACCUCCGCCUCGCCUACCCGGCCGUGGAAUUCCCUGCAACAUGGAGCUCUGCCCAGGGCCAGGACCUCGGCGUUCGCCUGAUCGACCACCUCCGUACGCGCCCGGAACUCCAGGGCCUCGAGUUCCCAGGCCCCACGCUCAGCUUCAACAACACCGAGCACUGGACGUGCGAAUCCGUGAAGGCGACCAAGGCCUUGCACAACGACGGCCUCCUGAUCCGCGUGGGCGAGAUACGGCACGUCUUGCAGGGAGGCGCUCUGGCGGUGCCGGCCAGCGGCAAAUUUCGAACGCGCCGGUUCCGCACCGGCUUGGCCGCGCCAGACCCCUCCUCCAUGAGCGGCAGUUUGAUGUACGCGCCACGGACCACCAGCCACGCGCCGCUGAUGAAGAAGAGCGUCGUGGGGGAGCCGCCUGCGAAGCGCCAGGCCUCCCUGCUGGCUUUCGGCGCGGUGCGCCGAUCAGCCCGCGACCCCUGA